UUGGGUGCAGUGAACGACGAGCAAGAAGAAAGUGGUUUCCAGAAAAGACAGAAGAAGUUGAAAGCAAAAAUAGCAGCUGUGGAAGAGGAAAACUUAGCUCCCCGCAGUUGGGAACUCAGCGGUGAGGUUACAGCCAUGGAUCGGCAAACGAACAGCAUGUUGGAAAAGCACGUUGAUUAUGAUCAUGGAAGAAGGAUUGCUCCUUUAAUAACACUUGACAAAACUGAAAGACUGGAAGCUAUGAUUAUCCAACGGAUAAAAGACAAAGCUUUUGACGACGUUGAAAGGAAAGAUCGUGAUCAAGAUACCGCUCGAAGCUAUCGGGUUCCUCUGCAAGAAAAAAUCUCUAAAAAGUCUUUAGCUGAAGUUUAUGAAGAACAGUAUCAACAAAAAAAUAAUCUGCGAGCAAAAUAUAUCUGUGUGGUACUGAUGUUUUGGUUCACCGUCCUUAACAGUUUGAGUAAUGUUUUUGGUUAUCUUCAGGUUCGGCCGGAAAUAACUAUAGUGAAUAACAUGGCAUCUUUGCGUAAGGAGGAAGUUGGUCCCAUGGCGUCGACUGAAGAAAUGCUAGUUGCGCCCGAGGAAGUGAAGCGUCACGAGAAAGGCGAAAUUAAAGGAAGUGACGAAAGAGGAAGCACAGAUCGGGCUCGUGAAAGAAGGAAAAAAAAGGUGCAUUUAGAUGAUUUUCAAAAUCAUCGGAUCUUAAAUCGACAGAAACGACGUGAGCUAGCUGAGAGGAAGGUUAAAAAUGGUAAAAGAAGGUCUUUAAAAGCUGUAAAUGUAAAAUCAACUAAUUUUUUCAAAGAGCUUCAGGAAACGGCAAUGGAAGAGGUUAACCUUGUGUUUAUUUAA